GUGGCACUAGCGAUUCGAACUGCCGACCUUUCUGAUUGACAAGCUCAGCGUCUUAGCCACUGAGCCACAGUGUCCCAUUAUGAACUUGGUAUCUCACUAAUUUCUGUCAAAACAGAUCUGCAAACCUUGCAAGGAGGAAUCCUAUCAGAGAAACAGCAGCAGUCCUACAAAGCAUAUAUUGCCAGUGAAAAUUUAACAAUAGGAGACAGCCAUUCUCUCUACUGUUUUCCUCCUCUUUUCCUGAAGAGACCGUAUGUUCAAAAGUGGCUAUCAGGCACCAAAUGGUUUGUGUGCAAAAGACAGAAUAGCAAUAGCACUUAGACUUAUAUACCGCUUUACAGUGCUUUACAGCCCUCUUCCAGCAACAUUUUAUCAUUUAAUCUCUAACUAGAAGAUCCUUUGAAAACCAGGGUGCUCUGGAAUCAAGCCAUAUAGACACAAUGUGAUGCAAGGCUGUCACACCCUCAAUCCAAAGUAGUAAUUAAGGCCGCAGUUAAACCACUAAUCAGAAUCUCAGAAACGAACUCAAAUUCCCUCUGAAAUCCACAGGGUUCCAUAAAACUGUCCUAAGAAUGAUAUGGAAUUCAAGGGUUGGUUCUUGCUUAAAAGUACAAGUUCAAGAAUGUGCCAGCUAGGCGAAGUGAAGCAUAUAAUAUGUGCAUUAAAACACAUGGUGCCUUUUCUCAUUUUGAGAUGUUUCUAUGUCUUCCUCUUUACAAUAACUUAUACAAAGUGGAAGGUGAUGUUUGUAUGUGCCUGUAAACAAACACUGUGCAUUUGUAUUUCCAACACUAUAGUGUCCUAUUCAUUUAGGAAUCAAGGCUUCAGUCGAAUUUUAUAUACUGUUAUCUUAAAAUUUUGUAAAUAAAUUCUGCAUUGCAUAUCGAUUGUAGAAGUACAGCUGCAACAAUAUUUAUUCUUGCUGCAGUGGAUAGAAAAUAUUAUGGUUCCUUGGGAUUUUUUUGUCAACUGUCAUAUGCCAACUAUUUCCUGAACUAAAAUAAUUUCUUAUUUACGUCACUUGAUCUCCGUCAAUUACUAUACGGCAAAUGCAAUGGCAUUUGCCUCGUUUCCUUCAUCUUGGCAUUCCUGCCCUGGCAGCAAAGGAAGCACUGAUGAAACUUAGGAAGAAAACUGGCUAUUCCUUUGUAAACUGCAAGAAAGCCUUGGAAAAAUAUGUUGAUAACAUUGAAGAAGCUGAAGUUUGGCUGCAUGAACAAGCAAAGAAGGAGGGAUGGAGCAAGGCAUUGAAACUUCAAGGGCGGAAGACCAAAGAAGGUCUCAUAGGGCUGCUUCAAGAGGGAAGCUCAGCCGUAAUGGUAGAGGUAAACUGUGAGACCGAUUUCGUGGCCCAAAAUGUUAAAUUUCAGCAGCUGGUUCAGCAAGUAGCUAUUGGAACAAUGAUUCACCAUAAGGAGAUCAUAGACCAGUCAAACACAUAUGCUAAGCGUUUCUUAAAUUCUGAUGAGCUUUCUCAACUCAGGACAGGCCCAGAGGGAUCUUUGCUUACUGACCAACUUGCUCUGGCGAUAGGCAAGCUAGGUGAGAACAUGGUUGUUAAGAGGGCAGCAUGCAUAUCAGUGCCUGAGAAUUUCUUCAUCGGCUCUUACGUACAUGGGUCACCCUCCGAAAGCAGCUCAUGGCUUUCUAACAUGUUAUUUGGCAAAUAUGGUGCCAUGGUGAUCUGCAGUUCCUCGGAGGAAGACCCAAAGUCUGACAUUACUGAACUGAGCAGGAAACUGGCCCAGCAUGUGGUAGGUAUGGCCCCUCUCUCUGUGGGCUCUGCGGAAGACGAACCCGGAGAUGAAUCUGAAACAAAGAUGCUUGCCCAGCCGUAUGUGAUGGAGCCAACUAUUUCCUUGGGACAAUUCCUUCAGCCGACUGGUAUAUCUGUCUUGGAUUUUGUGCGGUUUGAAUGUGGAGAAGAUCCAGAGUUGUCCGAAUCAAGCUAGGCAAGAUUGGUUUUUCAGACUGGGAAUGUCAGACUAGUUCCCAGUUCUGCUUGGGCUUGGGAGCGAUUCACAGAAGUAGCUGGUAAUGCCAGUAAUUCUACGUCUAUAGGCAAGAAUGAAGAACUUUGAAUGUCUUUCGGAAACACUGAAAUAACUUUUGCGUAAUGUGACCAACAAAAUAUGGCAAACAGAUGUUAAUGUCAUAAAUAAAAUACGAGUUCCUUCUGUGA